ACCGUAAUCUUAAAACAUGAAGGUAGAAGAUAUUGGAAUAGUCAUAUCAAUAGUCUGUGUUUCUCUGAAGAUUUGUAUGGGAGUUGAGAUUUACCGAAAUUAUACUUUUGGAGAAGAUUGUGGGGUCAACACAGAUGAAGUUCAGCAAUAUAAACCCAUGGUAGUCUUCUAUCGAGGGAAAGAUGUUAUUGGUUCUUCUUGUAAGGAGAUGAUCUUUAAAUGCGAUGAACCGUGUAACGUGUGCAUGAAUGUAAAGGAUUUCUCAGAUCCAGACUGUGCCAUUAAACUCGAGUUUAAGGAGUCCUCGACUGCCGUUACGGAGCGCACUAUCACGUGUACCAAAAACGAGAAGGACGAGUUCUGUAGAUCCUCCUCUUUAUCUGUCAUCUUAACCAUUACAAGCAGCAUAUCUUCAUCCAAUGCUAAAUUUGAUCUGAUCAUAUCAAAGGAGGAACUUAACGAACGCGAACGCGAAAUCGAUACAAGUUAG